AUGAGCUAUACUUCAGCAUCCGUGAUUUCACCGCUCUUACAGGAACUCUUUCACGGCCUCUUCAUCAUCGAUUUUGCAAAAUGCACCCAGCUUUCUGCUCUUAUGAUCGUCCUUUAUGACUACGCGAUUACGUUCGAGCAAGAGAUGUCGUAUCUCUGGAAAACUCGAUUCAAUUUCGUGAAGGUUUUAUUCCUCCUGAACCGGUACUACAUCCUCAUAUCAGCAAUAGUUAUAAUAUGUCUACUGAACGCUGCCCAACUCUCCACACUCAGCUGCGUUCACUACAUGCUGUGGCAAAUCUGGUCAAUUAUUGUAACAUCGACCCUAACACAAGCCAUCUUGCAGGCUCGACUAUACGGACUGUAUUCGAAGAAUAAAAAGAUACUCGCCAUCAUGAUACCUCUUUAUGUGUUGUCAAUCAUCGCAGCAGUAGUGCUUGUGGUUAAAUCAACUGGAGAAGUAACUGCUGCUCACGAGAUCAUUGCUUUCCCAAUAAACAGGGGGCAUUACUGCAUUGUAACCAGCAUCCCUCGCUUUUCGCUUGCAUAUUGGAUACCUGGAUUUGCCUUCGAAUUGCUACUGUGUGCGUUGGCUAUCAAGAAAGCAUUUGGCCAUUUCAAACUCUACGGGUCGUAUUACACCACAGGGGUCAGGAUUGUCGAUGUUCUUGUUGGAGAUUCAAUUGUAUAUUUCCUGGUUAUUGCAAUGGUUUAUGUAUCCUGCAUUGCAAUUUGGAUUGCGGACUUGGAACGAAUUGAUACUCCACUAGGCUUUGAGCUAACCAUCUCAUCUACGCUGUGCAGCCGGAUGGUAUUCAACAUGCACGGCGCGCUUGACAAGCGAGAUAUUAACCAAACAAUUGAUUCGGAUGAGACCGAUUAG